CUAGGCAGGUGGUGAGCUGCUGACCGCUGACGCGGCUCACGCUCAGGCUCAGCUUGCUGUGUGCUGGUUGCUGCUCAACCGGGUUAGGUCAGCUGGCCAGCCAGCAGCCAGGUCCGUCCGAUCGCUCGAAGUCGAAGCACCGCGUUCCUCGUCUCGCGUCUUCUUCCACUGCUCCCUCCCACCUCCGCUCCCAGCUUUUCCCAUUCUCGUUGAUACGAGCGAGAGUCGAGACAGGUCAAAAGGAGAUUGAGUAAGGAAAAGAAAAAAAAAAUCGCUGCUCCCGAGGCACGGCGGCGGCGAGCGUGCGACACCUCCGGCGGCUCCACAGAUCCGGCGACCGAUCUCCGGCCGCCUGCGGAUGCUCCGGGGCCGGCGCGGUAAGGCCCAGGGGUCCACGCUCGUAGCCAGAUCUCGGGGCGCUGCUGGGAAGUGGGGUUCGUUCCGUCCCUGCCUCCCUGGUGGUGGGGAUGGGGUGGUCCGCGGGGCUGUGGUGGCUCGUGGCCGCGCUGUGGGUGGUGGCGGCGGCGGCGGCGGCGGCGGAGGGUGAGGUCGUGGUCGGGUCAGCGCCGAGGCGGCACGCGUACGCGUCGAUGAUGUACAUGGGCACUCCACGGGACUACGAGUUCUACGUGGCCACGCGCGUCAUGAUGCAGUCCCUGCGCCGGCUCAGCGCCGACGCCGACCGCGUCGUGAUCGCCUCCCUCGACGUCCCACCGCUCUGGGUCCAGGCGCUGAAAGAUGAUGGUGUAAAGGUGGUCUCUGUGGAGAAUUUGAAAAAUCCAUACGAGAGACAAGAGAAUUUCAACAUGCGAUUCAAGUUGACCUUAAACAAGCUGUAUGCAUGGAGCUUGGUUUCGUAUGAGCGAGUUGUUAUGCUUGACUCCGACAACAUUUUCCUCCAAAAUACUGAUGAGUUAUUUCAGUGUGGUCAGUUCUGUGCUGUCUUCAUCAAUCCCUGUAUCUUCCAUACAGGUCUCUUUGUGCUUCAGCCCUCAAUGAACGUUUUUAAGAAUAUGCUACAUGAGCUAUCGGUUGGACGUGAAAACCCAGAUGGUGCAGACCAAGGCUUUCUUGCUAGUUAUUUCCCGGACUUACUUGAUCAGCCAAUGUUCCAUCCACCAGCUAAUGGUACAAAACUUCAGGGUACUUACCGCCUCCCUCUAGGCUACCAGAUGGAUGCGUCUUACUAUUAUCUGAAGCUUCGCUGGAGUAUUCCAUGUGGACCGAACAGUGUGAUUACAUUUCCAAGUGCUCCAUGGUUUAAGCCAUGGUACUGGUGGUCUUGGCCAGUUUUACCUUUGGGGCUCUCUUGGCAUGAACAACGUCGUGAAAACCUAGGGUAUUCAUCUGAGAUACCAGUAGUAUUAAUUCAGGCUGUACUGUACAUUGGAGUCAUAGCAGUGACCCGACUGGCGAGGCCUACCUUGAACAAGAUGUGCUACAACAGAAGAAUGGAGAAAAACACUAUGUUCUUGCUCUCUGUUCUCAGAGUCGUGGCUGCUUGGUCCAUACUUGCUGCCUACACCAUACCCUUCUUCAUCAUCCCAAGGACCGUGCAUCCACUGCUUGGCUGGCCUCUCUACUUGCUCGGUUCUUUUGCUCUUUCUUCCAUUGUUAUCAACAUUUUCCUCUUCCACCCGAUCACCGUCCUCACAACAUGGUUUGGAUUCAUAGGCGCACUCCUGGUGAUGGCCUUCCCUUGGUAUCUAAAUGGUUUUGUCAGGGCCUUGGCAGUGUUUGCGUAUGCUUUCUGCUGCGCGCCCUUGAUCUGGGCAUCUUUGGUCAAGACAAUGAGCUCCUUGCAGGUCCUGAUUGAGAGGGAUGCAUUCAGGCUCGGAGAACCUAGCCAGAAUGCGGAGUUCACAAAGCUAUACUGAGCCUGGGAGCAAGAGUGGUUGUACACAAUGGAACUAUCUGGAAACCUCUAGAAUCCAUGAAUGUUGUUAUCUUAGACAUGUAGGUGACAUAUACAGUGGAAAAGGGGGGAGGGCUGUAGAAUUGGUGCUGAACUGAAGAGGAACUGACUGGGGUCAGUUGUUAGUUAUUUUGAUUUAUUGUUCCUCUGAAAAGCCAAGGCAUUUUUGGCUUUGUUUGUAAUUGAUAUGAUAUGUUCCUUCACAAAUGAAGAAAAGGGUUGAAAGUUCAAACGGUGUAGUGUUCGAAACAGUACUUUGAUUUUACCGUGGUAAAAUUGUGUGGCUUGUGCUGAACAGUUUUCCUUUU